AUGGCUGUGGAGCCUGUGGUUGAGGGGGAAGGAAACAAUGAAGAAGAGAAGAGUGAGAAUGAAGGAGAAUCUAGAGAUGAGACGGAGAGUGUUACAGAUGAUAAAACAGUUGAACAGACUAAUGAUUCUGUAGAAAACGAAAAUUAUAGUGAAGAAGAAGAGGACUUUGAAAGUGGGGGUGAGGAUCAAGCAAAGGUGACUGAGAGUGAAGGAGGUGAUGAAGAGAGUGAGGAAGAAGAAGGGAAUGCGAGUGAGGAAUCUGAAGGUUCCACGACAAUUGGAAACACUGUCAUAGCUCCUUCACAAGAAACUGGUGCGGAGACAAGGAAAGAAGUGGCUCCUCCUACCAGAACUUCUCUCACAAGGAGUAAAAGAAAGUUUGUUGAUGCACAAAUCAUUAAGGAGUCUAGAAGUGCAAAUAAGCCAAAGAAGAAGGUCUCAAUUGUGGAACACAAUGUUGAGGUGGAUGGAGAAGAUGAGACUGACUCUGCCUUGCAAGCUAAGUCUGCUACACCAAAGAGGAAGGGUGACAAAGUCACCACACCUGCUACCUCUUCUGCAAGGGCCAGUAGGGGUAAGACAAGAAAGAAUGUGCCAGCUGCAGUUGAUCGACUCACAGAGUUCAGGAACAGAAAAGUGUUAAAUGGGAAGAUUCUUGGAGACAGUGAUAAGAAGAGGAUGGCUCAACUGGUUGAAAAACUUGAGCUACAGGAGUUGAAGCACAUGUUUAUCAAAGCUUUUCCCCCAGUAUGUGUUCCUGCUAUGGUGGAGUUCUAUACAAACUUUAAAUUUGAUGGGAAUGUAGUCAAGAGUAAAGUAGGGGGCUUUGAGAUGGAAUUUGAUACUGAGGAACUGGGGAUGUUUUUGAAUAUUUCUUCCUUGGGAUUUGACAAUUACUUGAAGAAUAGGUGGCCAACUAUAGACAAUGAUGUUGACACUGCAUUGUGGUCUGAGAUAAGGCAUGAAGCUACUCUACUGGACAUGGAAGUGAUGGAGCUUCUUAACACUGGUAGACCUAUCAAUCUUCCUAGUCUAAUGAUUCAGCACAUGGCAAGAGCUGCAAAUGCUUCCAAACCCAAGCAUGAUAUGCCUUAUGGUUUCAUAGCUGUUUGA